AUGUGCUUUCACCACUGCAACACAGCCGGCGGAUUCGGUAGCAGAGGUCGCGGAGGCGGCAGGGACGGCGGAGGCCGUGGCGGACGCGGCGGAGGUGGCCGCUUCGGCGGCGACCGGUUCAAUGAAGGUCCACCGGAGCAAGUCGUAGAGGUUUCAUCUUUUGUUCAUGCGUGUGAGGGAGAUGCGGUUACGAAGCUCACUGAUGAGAAGAUACCGUACUUUAAUGCACCGAUUUAUCUUCAGAAUAAGACUCAGAUUGGUAAAGUUGAUGAGAUAUUUGGUCCAAUUAAUGAAUCUUUCUUUUCUGUUAAAAUGUUGGAAGGGAUUAUAGCGACUUCGUAUGCGGCUGGUGAUAAGUUUUAUAUUGAUCCGGCGAAGCUUUUGCCUCUGGCGGGCUUUCUUCCGCAGCCCAAGUAUCAAUCAGCAGGUGGAAGAGGUGGCGGACGUGGGGGUGGAAGAGGAGGUGGUAGAGGUGGUGGGCGUGGUGGAGGUUCUUUACUUGGUAGAGGUGCUCCAAGAGGUGGCAGAGGUGGUGAUUUUCAUGGUGGUGGUGGGCGUGGCGGUGGUUUUGGUAGGGGCCGAGGGAGAUCAUAGGACAAGGUGUUAACCAUUGGCCCAUUGCUCACACGGCGGUGCUCCUUAAAGAACAUAAAUAAGGGUGUUUUGGCGCCUUCGAUUCCGACGAAGAUGAAGCAAGCGACUGCAAUGGUGGUGGGAAGGGAGAGAGAAACUCGGUCUCAAAGCUCAAACGGAAUCAUUGUCGCUGUCAAAGUGGUUGAUUGUAAUGUUUUCGUAUAUUUUUAGGCUGAUCACAAUAGCAGACGAGGUAGAGGGCGGCGGAUUGCGGCGGCAGGAGGUUGUCUAUGGCAUGAGUAGCUGUUGUUAUUUAACGGCAUAGGCACCAUAGUUGACAGCUACCAAGGAGUGGGUGAAGCCGGCGGUGGCAAUGGGUGAAAGGGUGUGCUUCGUUCGUUUGGUAUUUGAAAUUGACGCUACACACAUCAAAUGAGAAUCAUAAUAGCAGGGGGAACAUUUGUAAGCUUCAAAUUGUUGCAGAGUUCAGGUAUUUUAUUCAGAAACCCUAGAAUUGGAUGAACUGUUGUGUGCAGUUAAA